AUGUACAUGAGUUUCUAUGUAGCCAGCUCGCAAGCCAGAGCUGCAGCUCAAGCUGCCACAUGUGGGGCCAGCUUUUUCCCAGGCUUAGCUUUGUCAGGCUCAGCUGUAGCUGGUAACAGUCUUUGGCCAGGAACUGGCAAAAGCUGGAGCUACGGCAACACUAUUACAGGGUGUGCUCAGCGUGACAUCCAGCACUUAAUCAUUGCAUCACCUCAAAUUGUCAAUGUUGAUGUCAAGUGCCUUUCUGCAGCUCUCAAAGCAUUUCAUGCCAACAAAGAUUCAAUUUUAGUUGGUGCAUUUUGGUGUGGUCAGCAUGGUGCAGUUAUUGAUAACUGGUAUAUCCUGAAGAUUGAGCUUAUGCAGAGCUAG